AUGGGGGAGGUGGAGAUCUCAUCCCGGGCCUACGUGAAGAUGUGCCUGCACGCCGCCCGGUACCCGCACGUUGCUGUGAACCGGCUGUUGCUGGCGCCCGCGCCGCGGUCCGGGGAAUGCCUGUGCCGCAGUGUGCCCUUAUUCCACAGCCACCUGGCCCUGUCCGUCAUGCUGGAGGUUGCCCUCAACCAGGUGGAUGUGUGGGGUGCACAAGGUGGUCUGGUGGUGGCUGGGUACUACCAUGCCAAUGCAGCUCUGUUCGACCAGAGUUGAGUAGGGAGCGUGGUCUGUACAUCCGGCACUAUGCUGGGUACUGGAGUGAGGAAAUAUAAUGUUGACCCUGGGCCCCUGGCCUUAAAAAUUGCUGGGCGAAUUGCAGAAUUCUUCCCUGAUGCAGUACUCACCAUGGUGGAUAAUCAGAAACUGGUGCCUCAACCUCAUGUGCCCCCAGUCAUUGUCCUGGAGAACCAUGGUCUCUGCUGGGCCCCCAGGGACAAGAACUUAGUGAUGUGGAGGGACUGGCAAGAGUUGUGUCAGAUGGUAGGAGCACUGCUGGAGGGACGGGCCCACCAGCACCUUGUGGACUUUGACUCUCACCUUGAUGACAUCUGGCAGAACUGGACCAACCAGCAGUUAAACACCCAAAUCACCCAGUGGAUUGGUCCUACUAAUGGAAAUGCCUGAACCAGGGCCAGUGGGGCCAGGAUCCAAUAAAGAGACUUGGGUUGAUGGGUAA